AUGCUUGACCAAGCAACAUUUACCUCUGAAAAACAAAGUCAAUACGAUCCUCUAAGCAUUGAGGAAAUGCAAGACUUUCUUGUAGUCUGGCUCGACUAUUACAUUCACAGCAGCAAUCAAGACUAUCAGGAUGCAAUCACACAACUUCAACAUAUUGUUACUGAUAUUCCCAUAUUUACUGACAAUGAUCAAUGCAUCGAUUUCAUUCUCAACAACAUCCACUCAAAAGUAUGUCUCAUCACGUCAGGAUCAAUUGGACAACUUAUCUUACCAUGUAUACACGACAUCCCAAACAUUGAUUCCAUCUUCAUUUUCUGUGACAAUCAAAAUCGACAUGAACAAUUGACAAAAAAAUGGUUAAAGGUGAAGUGUGUCUCUAUAGAUAUUAUGACUAUUUGUGAGCAGCUGAAACAAAUCAUUCGUCGACAUGAGCUCAAUGACAUUCCCAUGAGUUUCGUACAAUCUGGCAAAAGACCAGAUCAACUUGAUCCAUCAUUCAUGUACACUAAAAUCAUCAAAGAAAUAUUGUUGACCAUCAGAUUCGAACAUAAACACAUCAGAGAAUAUGUGGAUUUCUAUUGUGACAAGUUUGUUGACAAUGACGUUGAUCGAAAGAAAGUGAAGCAACUGGAAGAUGAAUAUGACAAGCGCACACCCAUUUGGUGGUACACAACAGAGAGAUUUCUGUAUGGUAUGCUCAAUCGUGCACUGCGAGUGAUGGAUGGUAAGGUGAUGACUUUGAUGGGCUUUUUCAUUAGUGAUCUCCAUCGACACAUCGAAGAACUAUACAAACAACAGUUCAAAGACAAAGCCAGUGUCGAAACGUUCACAGUUUAUCGUGGUCAAGGUUUGUCAAAGAAAGCUUUUGAUGAGUUGGUGGCAUCGAAGGGUGGAUUGAUGUCAUUCAACAACUUCCUGUCAACCAGUAGAAAUCGCAAUGUCUCUCUCAUCUUCACUCUAGGGAGUGAAAAGAGCAGAGAUGUUGUAAGCGUUCUGUUUGUGAUGACAAUUGAUCCGAAGCAAUCAACGACAGUGUUAGCUUCCGUUCGUGGUAUCAGUCAGUCUGCAGAAGAGGAAGAAGUUUUGUUUUCGAUGCACAGCAUCUUUCACAUCAAUGAUGUAAAACCAAUACAAGGAAAUGAGGAAGUGUAUGAAGUGAAGCUGUCGCUGACAAGUGACAAUGAUGAAAAGUUGCGUGUGCUAACUGAGCAAAUUCGAAAAGAGAGUUUUCCGGAUGGCGAAGGGUGGAAACGAUUGGGUCUGGUGUUCAGUAACAUAGGACAGUUAGAUAUUGCUGAACAAAUCUAUAGAGUUACAGUACAUGAAAAAUUUGCUGGCUGCCUUCAAGCGGAUACUUAUAAUCAACUUGGUACAAUUAAGCAUCAGCAAGGACAAUAUGAAGAGGCUAUAAUACUUUAUCACAAAUCUCUUGAAAUUCAACAACAAUCACUUCCCUCCAAUCAUUCUGAUGUGGCCAAAUCCUACAACAACAUCGGUAAUGUGUAUUCGGACAUGGGCGAUUAUUCCAGAGCACUUUCGUCAUAUGAACAAGCUCUUGAAAUUCAACAACAAUCACUUCCAUCCAAUCAUCCUGAUGUUGCAUCAUCCUACAGCAACAUCGGUAAUGUGUAUUCGAACAUGGGUGAUUAUUCAACAGCGCUUUCGUCAUUUGAACAAGCUCUCAAUAUUAGACAACAAUCACUUCCCUCCAACCAUCCUGAUGUUGCAUCAUCCUACAACAACAUCGGUAUUAUGUAUAGAAACAUGGGCGAUUAUUCCAGAGCACUUUCGUCAUAUGAACAAGCUCUUGAAAUUCAACAACAAUCACUUCCCUCCAAUCAUCCUGAUGUUGCAGCAUCCUACAACAACAUCGGUGCAGUGUAUAGAAACAUGGGUGAUUAUUCCAGAGCACUUUCGUCAUAUGAACAAGCUCUCAAAAUUCAACAACAAUCACUUCCAUCCAAUCAUCCUGAUGUGGCAUCAUCCUACAACAACAUCGGUAAUGUGUAUGCGUACAUGGGUGAUUAUUCCAGAGCACUUUCGUCAUAUGAACGAGCUCUCAGUAUUAGACAACAAUCACUUCCAUCCAAUCAUCCUGAUGUGGCGAAAUCCUACAACAACAUCGGUGCAGUGUAUGCGUACAUGGGUGAUUAUUCCAGAGCACUUUCGUCAUUUGAACAAGCUCUCAGUAUUAGACAACAAUCACUUCCAUCCAAUCAUCCUGAUGUGGCGAAAUCCUACAACAACAUCGGUAAUGUGUAUACAAACAUGGGUGAUUAUUCCAGAGCACUUUCGUCAUAUGAACGAGCUCUCAGUAUUAGACAACAAUCACUUCCAUCCAAUCAUCCUGAUGUGGCGAAAUCCUACAACAACAUCGGUAAUGUGUAUUCGUAUAUGGGUGAUUAUCCGAAUGCCUGCUUAUUUUACGAAUACGCUCUGGAAAUUGGUCAACAAGUACUACCAUCAACACAUUCUCAUCUUCAACUGUACAAGAGAAACGCGGAAGAAAUGCAGCAUAUUCUCGGUGUACUUGAUUUGCUUAAAUAG